AUGUCACAAAUUACGGGUCCCCCGCUGCCGGAAAAAUCUCUAGACGAAUUGACGGUUACAACUCCUGUCUGGCUCUUCUUCAAAGCAGUAUUUUCAAAUGGCAAGACUCCCUCGCUCUAUACCCUCGAAGAACGCGAGGCCCGAUGCGGUGCAGGCUUGGCACCUGAUAUCAUCGGCAAAAGCCUGGAUCUCCUCCUGAACCCUUUGCCGCAAUCAGUAGAUAUCGAGAUCCUCAAAUCUACAACCGAACUCAUUGAGUGGGCAUUUCAAUUAAAACGUGGUAACUGCAUAACCCAAGACUGCGCACGCAACCCAACUGCCACAUCAGCGGUUUCCCGACUCUUGGAGAAGGCAGAUCAACUGGAAGCACGUGAUGCAGAUGACGACAUGGAAAUCAGCACAGCAGAACCCGUUAUCAAAUUGUAA